AUGGAUUGGGAUCCCUGUGGUAAUCAGUUGGGCCCCCAACCAGAAUUAACGUUCCACGGCAACGCACCUCAAAGGCAUAUCGCUAUGCUAGCUUCUCCAGCAGCCCUGGAGCAAGUCCACUCAUUCCACAAAAGGAGCCUAACUUUACCCUCCGCUUUUCGUUCCUCCAAAGCCGCUGUCGCCGAAGCAUUGAAGCUCAGCACAAUAUACCCAGUCUAUGAAGAGGACACGCACUCGUCUGUGGACCGCGGCAGUCAGCUCUCUGGGACCCGGCCUCCUAGUACCGAUAUAACAGCACUGGCUCUGGAACUGGAAAAGGUAGAGCGGCUGCAUCAGGAGGACAAGGUCUUUUACACGCAAGAGAUAGCUCACCUCCGUCGCCUGUUGGCUGAUGCAGAGGAGGUUGUCAGAGAGCAGAGAGGCGUAAUUCGGCGUCAAAACCUGCAGCUGGAGGAAACAUCCCGGAGGAUGCAGGUGUUAAUAGAGGAGCGGAACCGACUGCGCGAGUUCAACGACAAGCUGUUGGUCGAUCUCGAGGCGACACGCAAGGAUUUCGCAGAGGCGAUGGAAGACCUCGCAGCUACACAGAAGGAACUGGCGCCCGCUGCGAACAAUGGGUCACUACGACAAAGACGAUCGAUGGAGGAAGAGAAGAGGGUGGAGAGGUUCGAUGGCUUGUCUGAUGCUGACGAAGCUGGGACAGGUACAUUGCGAAAAUAUCUCGGGAUUCCCGUCAAAGUCGCUGCCCUUCGGCAAAAAUUGGCGGAAGGCGAAGAGCGAUUCCAAGCGGCGUACUCGGCGUGGUCUCAGUCAAGCAGGCACCAACGGAGACUGAGCAUAGCUGCUGCGACCGGUGUCACAAAAAUGAACCUCAAGGACCGCCUGACCUUCACUUCAAAGGAACUGGAGGUUGCUCGAAGAGAACUGAAGUCGGGCAGGAUCCACUAUCCUCCACAAGAACGCGAAGAUAUCACCUCGAUGGUCCAUGAACUCAACGCUCGGAUACGCGAUCUUACCUCUGAACUUUCAGUGGCAGUCGAGCAAAGCCCGGACGGGUCAUUGACCAAGCCCGACAGCUCUCUUGCGAGGGCACUACUGGGCGACCAGUUGACAGCGGCGCUUCCUUCCCUGAAGCCUACGUUAGUUUCCUCUCAGUGUCAGACUCUCUGCAAGGUGCUACUGCAAGCGGGCCUUACUAGUUGGUGCGCAUAUAGUGUCCAUUCAUGGAAUCUGGAUCUAGAUCAUACUCGCAAUUCUGGGGACGCUCUUCUGACUGUUUACCGUAAGCUGAGAACUGUCGAGGGUCCUAUCGUAGCGGCCCGUUGGCGAAGCCUCACACGCGCACAAAUCAAAUUGUCGUCCCGCCAAUGGACUGAGAACCUGUCGGCGGCCAUAUACAGUGUCUUGGAUAUGCUAGGUCUUCGAUACACCCAAACUGAGCAGUCAUUGGGAGAGAUGUCGAAAGCGUUGCUCACCUCUGUUCGAAGCCUUAGGCGAGCCCUUGGCGAGCUGGUCGUCGAACCUGGACUUGACCUUGAGCUCGCCAUUGUCAGUCCAGGGAUCCCGUUCGACCCUCGGUACUUUCAAGACGGUUACCCCGACCACCCAGCGGCUACUCAUGUCGGGGACAUCGUUGCAGCGACGUUGGGGCUGGGUCUGAAGAAAUCGACGUUAGGCGGGUUAUCGGAUGAGCUGGUUAUUCACCCUACCGUUCUACGAAGGCGUUCUUUGUAUACAAGUUUGUUUGGGGCAACGCUGUAG